AUGGCUGCCACCACCCUCUUCAACUUAUCUGCUCUCUUGUAUGCUACUUUCUUUGUGUCAUACAUCAUUAAUCUUUCAGUUGUUGAGGCCAGCAAUGGUGGUGGUGGCUUCACCGUUGACCUCAUACACCGUGACUCUCGUCUCUCUCCAUUCUACAACCCAUCGGACACCCGUUUUGACCGUCUUCGCAAAGCUUUUACUCGCUCAACUCUCCGUGCUGUCCAUUUCAGCCCCACCUCAAAAUCUGAAGACACAAUCCAAUCUCAAAUUAUAGCUACCAGUGGUGAGUACCUCAUGAAUUUGUCGAUGGGAACCCCACCCGUUAACAUGAUUGGCAUUGCUGAUACAGGAAGUGACCUUCUAUGGACACAAUGCCAACCUUGUAGUGAUUGUUUCCAACAAGAUGCCCCCAUGUUCAAUCCCAAAGAUUCUUCCACUUACCAACCCUUAACGUGCGAUUCUCAACCAUGUGAAGCCUUGGACACCCAUACUUGUAACAGCGACGUAUGUCAGUAUAAAAUGUCAUAUGGGGAUCAAUCCUAUAGCAAUGGUGAUCUUGCUGUUGAAACAUUCAUUUUUGGUUCCACUUCUGGACACCCGGUCUCUGUUCCAAAGGUAGUUUUUGGGUGUGGACGUGAGAAUCAGGGCACCUUCAAUGAGUCCACCUCUGGGAUAAUAGGUCUAGGAGGGGGCCCACUGUCAAUAGUGAACCAAUUGGGUGACAACAUCAAGGGCUUGUUCUCUUAUUGCUUAGUACCAUUGAAUGCAGCUUCUAGUGUCACAAGUGAGAUCAAUUUUGGUACCAAUGCCAUAGUUUCAGGGUCUGGGGUGGUCUCAACCCCCUUGGUCUCAAAGACACCUCAAACAUACUACCAUCUUACCCUGGAGGGUGUCACAGUUGGUAACAGUACCUUGCCCUACAAGUCCUCAUCUGAAUCCAAAGCCGGUGCCGAUGAGGGUAACAUUAUUAUUGACUCAGGGACAACCCUUACGUAUCUUCCCCAGGAUUUCUACAGCGAUUUAGCGUCGGCUUUGGCUGCUGCAAUCCAAGCUACAGCCCAAGACUCGGUAGCGCCAUUCGGCCUCUGUUAUGCAACUCAAGGCGAUGGCUUUGAUGCUCCAACCGUGACGUUUCACUUCGCCGGUGCUGACGUGGAUUUGCCGGCGUCGAGCACCUUCAUCGAGGUGUCUGAUGGCGUGGUUUGCUUAGCCAUUGUCCCUGCUGAUUCUGUUGCCAUCUUCGGGAACUUGUCCCAGAUGAACUUGUUGGUUGGGUAUGACCUUGUGAACAAGAAGGUUUCUUUCAAGCCAACUGAUUGCACCAAGGUUUAA